AAACUCUGCUCGAAAAGUCAGUAGUGAGAAAGUUCGCGGGCAUCAUAUUGAAGUCAUAUACACGACUGUAUAUUAAGAGUUGAUAUUUAUGUGCAUUGAUAAAAAAAGAAAAAGAUCAAUUAUCAUUUAAUCAAAGUGUACCUCUUAGGUGUAUAUGAUCUUAAGAUGGAGAAAGUCAAUGAAUACUUGAAUGCAAGCAAAUUUCAAUACCGCGAUACUUUAGAGAUCGUAGAGGAAUUCAACAAGGAAUUAGGAGAAAUGUAUGGACAAUGCAUCGAUAUUGGUUGCGGCCCUGGACUUGUUACCACCGAAUUGAUCUUACCAAGAUUGCCACAAGAAUCCGUGAUAAUCGGUGCAGAUAUAUCUAAUGCCAUGUUGGAACACGCAAAAACAAAUUAUUGCAACAAUUUACGCUUAUCCUUUCUUCAUCUGGACAUCGAAACUUUGAAUUUGCCAGAGGAGCAAAUAGAACGUUACGAAAAUGUUGUUUCAUUUUAUUGUCUUCAUUGGUGUCAAAAUACGCGGCUUGCCUUCGAGAAUAUCUUCAAAUUACUUCGACCUGGUGGCAAGGCAUUGAUUAUGUUCCUCGCAUACAACGAUGGCUUCGAUGCUUACGUCAGAAUACACGAAAAUCCACGGUAUCAACCGUAUAUGCAGGAUGCACAUAAAUACAUCCCGUACUUUCAUUAUUGCAACGAUUCGAGAGGUGCAUUGAGAUCCAUGCUAGAGGAGACCGGAUUCAAUGUUCUCCAUUGCAGUAAACGUGAAAAGAGCUUCAUCUAUCAAAAUAUUCAAAGUUUGAAAAGACACGCGCUCGCUGUUAAUCCAUUCAUUUCGAGAAUACCAGAUAAUUACAAAGAAGAAUUCGAAGACAUUCUGAUACGCGAAAUAACAAGCAAAAAAAUUCUAUUUACGAAUAAAGCUGACAAAUGUCAACAAGAGUAUAGUGUGUUAGACAGAUAUCAUAUUUUAGUGACGUAUUUACAGAAACCAUAUACCUCAGACGAUGCAAUUAAUAAAAAUAUCUAAUGUAGUUAUUUUUUUAUAAAUAAAAAACUUAGUAGAUAAAAGAAAAUAGAUCGAUAAAAUGGAAAAACGUAGCUAAGAGUAUGCGAAAUAACAAAUCUCAGAAACGCAUGUAAUAUUUCGCACAUCUAACGCUGUGUUUCAUAAAAAUUAAUAGAAAGAACAACAAAAAAAUAGAAAAGAUUCAAACGUCCUACGACAAUAAAGUUUAUUGUAUACUGUGCCUUUAAUUUUACAAUACAAUACAGCCAUUUAUAGAA